AUGACGUACCUGGACCGGGUGCUCUCGGAGACGCUGCGCCUGUAUUCGCCUGCCACGCGACUCGAGCGCGAGUGUACCAAGGACUAUACUCUGCCUGGCACGAACGUGCACCUGCCCAAGGGCACUUUGGUGCAGAUACCGGUGCUUGUGCUCCACCGCGACCCGGACCACUACCCGGACCCGCUGCGCUUCGAUCCGGACCGUUUCUUGCCGGAGGAGAGGGAGAAGCGCCACCCGUGCGCCUACCUGCCGUUCGGCCAAGGACCGCGCAACUGCAUCGCCAUGCGGUUCGCGCUGUUCGAGGCGAAGGUGGCGCUCGCGGCGCUGUUACAGAAGGCGACAUUGCUGUCGACGGAGAAAUCGCCCCGCCGCCGGUGCCACUGGACAAGAGGGCGUUUUUAA